ACAUUCUACCCCACCCCCUUUUCUCUCACGUGACGGUGCUUCUUCAUCAGUAUAUAAGGAUGGCGGAUCUCCGAAGAUGACACUCUCACUUUCAGAGCAAACAACCAACAAUGAUGAGACAGGUGGUCAUUUUACUUGCAAUUGCCGCUGUUGCUUCGGCAAAAGGUUAUGGACAAGCUUUCCAAUCAAAGAAGAAUGUAGAACAAAAACAACAUCAUCAAUUUGCCAGUGUUACCUCCUACCAUUCCAACCAACCUGCUGCACUUCAAAUCCAAGCAGGCCCACUUCCCCAAACUGCUCCCCAACAACAGGCAGCACCCUCACCCUAUUCAUUUGGGUAUGAAGCCGAUGGCAGUGCUCGACAAGAAUCCGCUGAUAGUUCCGGCAAAGUGACUGGCAGCUACACAGUGACCAACGAAGAUGGUUCUGUGAGAGUGGUCAAAUACGUGGCUGACGAUCAAGGGUUCAGGGCCGACAUCGAUACUAACGAAGCCGGAACAAAGAGUUCAAAUCCUGCCAAUGUUGAUUUCAAAUCAGCCUUUGUUGAACCUGCAGCACCUGCUCAGCCUGCUCCUAAGAAGUACUCAGCCCCUCAAGUUGGCACUUAUGCAGGACAGUAUGAACAGAAGCCUGUUCAGUUCAAUUUGGGCAGCAAUGGCGGAGCCUAUUCGUUCAAUUACGAGGCCCAGCUUGAAGAUGGUGGCAGUAGCUCACGAAGGGAAAGUGCCGAUUCAUCAGGCAAAGUUUCCGGCCAAUAUAGUCUGUCCGUAGCUGACGGCCGAAGACGACAGGUCGAUUACUCAUCCGGAGCUGAAGGAUUCCAAGCCAAAAUUGAAACCAAUGAAUUUGGAACCAAAAGUGAUUCUCCUGCCCAUGUCCAGUUCUACUCCUCUGCCCCACAGCCUGCUGCUGCACCCGCCACUUCCGGUUUCGCCCAAGGUUCGUCAUUCCAACAACAAAAACAGGUCACUUCAUAUGCAGCAGCUCCUGUAUACCAACAACCUAUUCAGGCAGCUAAAUUCGCAUCUGCUUCUGUAAAUCAACAACAGCCAAUCCAGGAAUACGCCCAGCCUUCCCCAUAUGCCUUCAGCUACGACGCCCAGUUGGAGGACGGCAGCAGCUCAAGAACCGAAUCCGCUGAUGCUUCCGGUAAAGUUGUCGGUUCCUACAGCCUGGCCACUGCUGAUGGACGAAAAAGAACCAUCCACUACCAGGCUGACCACGAAGGUUUCAGAGCAAACGUUGAUACCAACGAAUUCGGAACCAAGAGUGAUUCACCUGCUGAUGUCCAGUUUAACUCUAAUGCUCCAAAAGAAGCUCCUGCACCUACCUACAGCGCUGGUCAGUUCAGUCAACAAAGAGUUCCCGCCGCCUUCCCGGUUCAACAGAAUCAUGUAGGAGCUGGUAGCCAAAUUAAGAGCGCCUUCCAAUCUCAGUCUUCUUACCAAGGACAGAGUGCCAUGCAGUAUGGUGGUGCUAGCGGUGGCGCUGAAAGCUAUGCUCCUUUCUCUUUCAACUACAUUGCUGAGUUGGAAGAUGGAAGCAGCUCCAGAAGCGAAUCGGGAGAUGGAUCUGGCAAAGUGACCGGAUCUUACAGCUUGUCUGGAAAUGAUGGACGCAAAAGAACCGUCGACUACUUGGCUGAUCAGGCCGGUUUCAGAGCCACCAUCAACACCAACGAAUUCGGAACCAAGAGUGAUUCUCCCGCUGACAUUCAGUUCUAUUCCACUGCUGUUCAAGUGGCUCCCCAAGCUCCCAGUGCCCCAGCCUAUAAGGCCACUCAGGGCCAAUACCACUCUGGAGGUUCAGCUACCCAGUAUAAGGCAUCUGGUGGUCAGUUCUACUCCGGAUCUUCGGCUAUGGCAUCCAGUUCUGGGCAAUUCAAGUCUUCCUUUGCAGGUCAACAGAGAGUUGAAGCCCAGCCUUCCUUCCAACCAUCCCCCUAUUCUUUCGGGUAUGAAGCUGACGCAACAGGUGGUAGCAGCGCACGAAGUGAGUCUGCUGAUGCCAGUGGAAAAGUAACCGGCAGCUACACUGUCAGGAAUGAAGAUGGCUCCCAUAGAGUGGUCGAUUACAUUGCAGAUAAGGACGGAUUCAGAGCUAACGUCAAGACCAACGAACCAGGCACCAAGAGUGAUGAUCCUGCUCAUGUUGUAAUCAAAUCUGACGCACCUGCAGCCAGCGCACCUAUCCAGCAGCAGAAAUAUGCUGGAAAAGCCAACUUUCCAGAACGCACUUACACACAAAAGUCUAGCAUGAUCAGUCAGAAGCAUGUCGAUGCCUGGAGGCGGUAAUUUCAUUUGAACUGAGCGAUAUUUUGAUGAAUUCUCUCUAUAGAUUCUUGUUCUAUCUGAAAAGCUUAACAGUUUGAAGGAUUGAUGAAUAUUAAAGAUAGCCUUUAUAAGGCUGAAGGAUAUAAUAAAUGCUACUACUCAUAAGGCUUAGGUUGCGGUAAACGAUUUCUUCAUGCUUUAAAUGGUAAUUAAAGCGGGGUAUUCGGGCACUUAAAGGUCUUUUUUUUUAUUUUAGCAUUAACCCAACAUUCAAGUUAGGUUACUGGGAAGUAUUACUUUUAAUAGUGGCAUGAUAUUUCCAAUGCCUCAACGCGAAAUGCUGGCAUGAAAUUUUUUUGUCUUUAAAUUCUUAUGGUACAACUUAGCGAAAAAGGCAUGCUUUGCAAUCAAUCAGUGUAUUGUUGUUUUUGUAGUUGUUGUGUUGUCUACAGUGCUACAAUGUUUCUCUUUUUUUUUUCUCUAUCUCUUUCCUUAAUUUGCAUUUUGAAAUAAAGGGCAUAGUAUGUGAUUUAUUGGUUCACUGCUGAAAAAAAUUAAACGAAAAAUAGAUGCCUUAAACGUUAAAUUAAGAGUUCAAAUAAAGGUUUCCAUUAGUAUUUUCAUAACUCGAAUUAGAGAGGUUUUUCGAAUAGAGAGCAUUUAAAGAUGCAAGAAUUAAUGAGCUUUAAAGAGCGCUCAGAAUUUUCAAUGUUUCAAAUUCGGGUAAUGCAGAUUCUAAUGCAAAAAUCAGUACGAAAAUACGAAAUCAGAAAAUACGAAAAUGAGAAUACUAAGGUUUUGGUAAUGAAAACGAAUGGAAUGAGUAUUUGUAGAGUAAGGAGGAUCGAAAUUUCGCUCGUUUCAAGUCUCAGGUGUUUACAUUCCAAAGCGGCAAACUGAAUACGGCUUGUAUUAAUUUCCAAAACAUGGGCAUUUCUAAAAAAAAUCAAAGAAAAAAAUCUUGUAAAUAUUUUUGGGUAGCAUGAAAAAAAUGUCAAAAAAAAAUCAUGGUGUGGGGACUCAUUGUUGUUCGCGCAGGGCAAACACAUCUUAUAGACUUUGUUAAUAAUUGAUACAAAGGACAUGUCGGACAAUUUUUUAAUGUAAAUUAUAAAAAAUUCGCGAUUACAUUCAAUUUUACGUUGAUUUUAAAUUGAUGGAAGUGCAUUUAACGUUUUUUAAACGGGAACUUAAUGAUUCCUUUUGAAUUUCGGUUUUUAGAUAUUUUUUACAGUUAUCAAUGUACAGCGCAAAAUUUCGUAAAUUUCUCAUUCUAUCAAAUUCCUUUGUAAAAAUACCAUAAAUUAAUCAAAACUGCAUUUUUAAUGACUUUUUAUAAAAAAAAUAUUUUAAAAACAUUAAAAUUUUUUGUUAAAUAAAUCCUAAAUUGACUAUUAAAUUUAACAAUAAGACAAAUAAAUCAAGCAAUUAAGAUAAUUAUAUAAAACUGUAAAAUAAUUUUAAAAUUUCUGUCAUGUAUGUUUUUUGAAAAACCAUGUUAUCAAUUCAUUAGACUGUGAUAUGUUAUAAGAUGUUGUUUCACCUGUACUUUUCACUUUAUACUGUUACUUGUGUGUGUCUUUUAUACUUUUACAAUAAAAGCAUAGUUUCAAA